AUGCUGUGGCUGGCGUACGGGCUGCUGAUGCCCGUGGGGCUCAUCACGGCGCGCCAUCUGCAGACCGUCACGCCCAAGUGGUUCGCCAUCCACUGGGGCAUCCAGCUGCUGGCGGUGAUGCUGGCGAUGAUCGGGUUCUUCAUCGGCGUCGCCAAGUUCGGCGCGGAUGCCGCCACGGAGUCGCGCCAUGCGCGCAUGGGCAUCGCCGUCUUCACCUUCACGCUCGCGCAGCCGCUGCUGGGGGUCAUUCGCCCGCACAAGGGGAACAAGGUGCGCCCGCACAAGGGGAACAAGGUGCGCCCGCACAAGGGGAACAAGGUGCGCCCGCACAAGGGGAACAAGGUGCGCCCGCACAAGGGGAACAAGGUGCGCCCGCACAAGGGGAACAAGGUGCGGUGCGGUGGGAGUGUUGAGAUGCCUCUCAAAACAAUCUGCAUGCAUGCCUGGGUGUCGUGCGCCAAGUCGCACUAG